UUCAACCUUGGGCCCUCUCUUUCCUAAAUACUGACGAAAUGUGAGAACGCGUCUUUCCAUUAUCAGACACGGUCCGAGCCAAUCUCCAGCGAAAAAUUUCAACUUUUUUCCUCUCUGGGUUUUGGAUAAACCCUCGGAAUCGGCUGAGGGGAAGUGAAAUCUGAGCCCAAGAUCGUAGGAUUUCUUACUUUUUUAGCAGGCAGAAUCUUGAUCGGGAGAUGGGUUGCUGGGGCAGCAAGGACAGAGCUCCGCCGUCAGCGGCAAAUAGGUAUGACAACAAUAAAUCAGGCACGAGAGACACGACUUCAGCUACUGCCCAGUACCAGUCUUACCAGCAGCAGCAUGCCGCCAUUGAAGCCCAGAAGAAAGCUCAAGUCCCUGCUCAGAGCCCGCCGCCGCCGCCUCUGGCAACUGGUCCUCAAGCGAAGCCACCACCUCCUUCGGCUCCUGUCGGCAGAUCAAUUCAGCCGCAGAGGCAGGAGAACGGCAUCCUAGACAAGCCGUUCGAGGACGUGAGGCAGCAGUUCUCGCUGGGCAAGGAGCUGGGGAGGGGCCAGUUCGGGAUCACUUACCACUGCUCCGAGAUCUCGACAGGGCACCCUUUCGCCUGCAAAUCCAUCCUGAAGAGGAAGCUCACCUCGAAGAGCGACAGGGAAGACGUGAAGAGGGAGAUUCAGAUUAUGCAGCACUUGUCUGGGCAGCCUAAUGUGGUUGAGUUCAAGGGGGCUUUUGAGGACAGGCAUAGCGUCCACCUGGUCAUGGAGCUCUGCGCAGGCGGGGAGCUGUUCGAUCGAAUCAUAGCUCAUGGGCAUUACUCGGAGCGGGCUGCGGCUGCCCUGUGCCGGUCCAUCGUGAACGUUGUCCAUGCCUGCCACUUCAUGGGGGUGGUCCACCGUGACCUCAAACCUGAGAACUUCUUGUUUGCGAGCAAGGAUGAAGGUGCCAUGCUGAAGGCUACUGAUUUCGGGCUGUCUGUGUUCAUCGAAGAAGGGAAGGUUUAUCGAGAUAUUGUUGGAAGUGCUUAUUAUGUUGCUCCCGAAGUACUAAAACGCAGUUAUGGGAAGGAGAUUGAUAUUUGGAGUGCAGGCGUUAUUUUGUACAUUCUCCUCAGUGGAGUGCCUCCAUUUUGGGCCGAAACCGAGAAGGGAAUAUUCGAUGAAAUACUAAAAGGAGAACUCGAUUUUGAAAGCCAUCCUUGGCCAUUAAUAUCUAAGAGUGCAAAAGAUUUGGUGAGAAAGAUGCUCACCAAGGAUCCAAAGAAGCGGAUUACUUCUGCCGAAGUUCUUGAGCAUCCAUGGCUCAAAGAAGGUGGAGAAGCAUCUGACAAGCCGAUCGACAGUGCAGUUCUGUCGAGGAUGAAUCAAUUCAGGGCAAUGAAUAAGCUCAAAAAGCUCGCCCUGAAGGUGAUUGCUGAGAGCCUGACUGAAGAAGAUAUCAAAGGACUCAAAGCAAUGUUCACGAACAUGGACACUGAUAAAAGUGGGACCAUAACUUAUGAUGAACUGAAGUCCGGUUUGGCUCGGCUUGGGUCGAGACUAUCUGAAACCGAAGUUAAGCAAUUGAUGGAUGCUGCUGAUGUGGAUGGAAAUGGAACGAUUGACUACAUUGAGUUCAUCUCUGCUACAAUGCACAAGCACAAGCUAGAAAGAGAUGAGCACCUAUAUAAAGCAUUCCAGUAUUUUGACAAGGACGGAAGCGGGUAUAUAACUAAGGAUGAACUGGAAACUGCUAUGAGAGAGCAUGGCAUGGCUGAUGAAACUAACAUCAAGGAAAUAAUCUCGGAGGUGGACAAAGAUAAUGACGGGAAGAUUGACUAUGAUGAGUUCUGUGCCAUGAUGAGGAGCAAGAUGCAGCCACUCGGGAUUCAUUCUUAAACCACGUCACGGUAUAUCCAUCUCUUUUAAUUGUCACCGAUGGAAUAAACUUGCAGAUAUAUCAGCAAAUUGAGUGGGAGCAUAGACAUAGGGUGAUGUAUUGUCAGUUCAGACUGGUUGUUUCCUUCAUCUGUGGCUACCGAUCGGGAUUAUUCGAGUAUGUGGGUUUUUAUGCAUGUACAUAGGUUUUGUAUGUUACAUGUAUGAUGAAUCAUGUUUUGUCAAAUUGAAUGCGAUUCUUUCUUAAAUAA